UCAGUAGAUACGUUUGAAAAAAUUGGUCGGGUAGGCCAAGGUACUUAUGGUAUUGUUUACAAGGCUCGAAAUCGAUCUACCAAAGCUAUUACUGCAUUGAAGCGAGUGAAAAUGGAUCAGGAGCAAGAAGGAGGCAUGCCGCUGAGCUCACUGAGAGAAAUAUCAUUACUGAAAUCCCUAAACCACAUCAAUGUGGUUAAAGUUCUCGAUGUAGCCGUUGGAGAAAGAUUGGAAGAUUUGUUUUUGGUCAUGGAGUAUUGUGAACAGGACAUGGCGAACAUCAUGGACUCGGUAACUCAACGGGGAAGAAAAACAGUAUACCAACCAGCCGAAGUCAAAUGUCUUAUUCUACAGCUACUUUGUGGGGUCGAGUAUCUUCAUCGAAAUUUUAUCAUCCAUAGAGAUCUCAAACCAUCUAAUCUUUUAUUGACUUCAGAGGGCACUCUUAAGAUUGCUGAUUUUGGACUUGCAAGAACAUUUAGUGAACCUAUUGAACCCAUGACACCACGAGUCGUUACACUCUGGUAUAGAUCGCCGGAACUUCUUCUAGGAACAAGCCACUAUACUCAAUCAGUAGAUAUGUGGUCGGUAGGGUGUAUUUUUGGAGAGUUUCUCAAGUCAGAACCUAUUCUUCCAGGUCACGUUGAACGAGAACAGCUGGAAAUGAUUUGUAAUCUCCUCGGAUCACCAACAAAGCAUAUCUGGCCUGAACUUCCAACCAUGCCUUUUUACAAAUCAUUCAAGUUUCCCGAGGUAAAGUAUGAUGGAGUACGCACUGCGUUUCGAGGUAUCCGAGAAGGUGCCUUGAGGUUGUUGAAAGAUCUACUGGUGUGGAGACCAAAGAGUCGGAUCUGUGCGAGUGAUGCGCUACAACACGAAUACUUUGAUGAAGUACCAAAAGCCUGUUUACCCCUGUUUCUUCCCACUUUCCCC